CACUUCCAAUAUACCAAGCCAGCUUCCUCGCUGCUUGGGCUCUCCGACACCGCAGUGUUUGGCCUCCAGACCUCAAGGGGGGGGUGAAUCAGAGCGCAUCAUAGGAAGAGUUGGCGUAGGGCGAGGACAUGUAGCGCUAAGAGGCCUUGGAUGAUGAUAUACCGGGCGGGGAUAUGAAAGGGGAGGAAAUGAACGAAUAGGAUGCUCAUGAGGAAUAGCGCAAUUGACAACCUCAGUGAGAGGAGGACGAGCGGGAACAGAACGAGCACGUCCUGGGUGAGGCUGUCUAGGAUGCUGCCGAGUAGGACGAUGCCGAGUAAAAGAGUGAAGAAGAUGAGGGUCUAUAGUAGGAGGGCUAGGAGGAGGCGGAUUCGUGAGAGGCCUAGCCAUGUGUGUGAAAGGAGGACUUGUUGGAAGAAGACUCGGCGAAGGUGGUGGGCGAGGAGGGCGAGGACGCCAUGAUGGUAGUAGUGGGAAUUCUGGUGCUUCCUGUUGUCCUUGUCCUUGCUCUAGUGGUGGCGGCGACGGUGACUAUGACAGUAAUAGUGGUGACGGUGAUCGCGAUGGCGAUAGUGACGGUGGCAUCUGUGGUGCUGGUGGUGGUGAUGAAGGACGAGGGCGACGACCACGACCACGACCACGACGACCACGACGACCACGACCACGACGACCACGAGGAGGAGGAGGAGGAGGAGGAGGAGGUGUUGCUGAUUCUGGUGUUGCUGAUUCUGGUGUUGCUGAUUCUGGUGUUGCUGAUGCUUCUGGUGCUGGUGGUGCUGAUGCUGGUUCUGGUAGUGCUGUUACCGGUGCUGGUGCUGGUGGUGCUGUUACUGGUGCUGGUGCUGGUGGAAUGAAGCCCACUGGCCGUGUUUUGGCUCCUGUUCUGCGUGCCCGCCACAUUUUUAGAGUCGACAAACGGCUUCUUUUUGAACGUGAUAGCUAAGCUUUUGCGAAAUGUUGGACUUGGUUCAUCUUGAGGUGCUGGAUUCCGGGGCCUCUGCACC